UCUCUCUCUCUCUCACACACACACACCUCACACACUCUCUCUCACACAUACCUCACACACUCUCUCUCGGGUUUGGAACAUUAUUGGCAUUUAUAAGAUAAACAUUAAUUGAAUUAAUUAAAAAUUAACUACUUGACAUUAUUAUAGUUUGUAACUUUGUUGUUUUUCUGUCAGAUUUGUGAGAAUGAGCGUCGGCUGCAGCACGAGCGAAAGACGCGUCUCCGCGCGUCAUCAGACUCUCUACGCGUGUAAACGCUUCAGGUCAACUAAAGGGGCAUCUAAAGCCCGUCGAGACCACAUCAAUGGAGAGAUCCGGACUCUGCAGGCACUGUUGCCCAUCUCUUCUGAAGACCAGGAGCAGCUGUCAUACCUGCACUCCAUGUCUCUCAUCUGUACAUUCAUCAGGAAGUCUGUGAUGCUCCAAGGUCUUCAUGAGAACAGCAGUGAUGUUUCUCUCCCGUGUGAGAGUUUCCUGCAAACGUUACCUGGAUUUAUUGUUGCUUUGACCAAAGAAGGGAAACUGGUGUAUGUGUCUGAAAAUGUGUGUGAAUAUCUGGACCUGUCGAUGGUGGAUGUUCUUCAAGCAGACUCGUUCUAUGACAUGAUAGACAUUCAUGAUGUGGAAACUGUGAAAGUCAUUUUGAGAGAAGACAACACUUCAGCAGAGCGCAGUUUUGUUUGUCGGAUGCAAACAUCUAAAGCGUUCCGGAUCCAGUUCGGCAGCUGCUGCUCCAUGAUGGUGAGGGGGCGUUUCCAGGCCGGAUCUCCAAACUCCUCGCUGUUUGUGGCUCUCUGUACACCCACAGCAGACAGACUGAAGGACAGUGAGAUUCACAGCGACUCCAUGUGCUUCCAAACUCUCCACACAGCAGAUAUGAGCUUCACUAACGCCCCCUACUGCAUCGUCUUCCACCUGGGUUUCUCUACAGAAGAUCUGAUUGGUCAGUCAUGGUACCGCCUCCUGCACCCUGAUGACCUCACAGUCAGUGCGUCCUGCCACAAGUGUCUUUUAGAAGAUGAUGGAGUCUCAGAAGUGCAGCUGGUUGUCAGACUGCAGUGUAAAGAUCUGUCAUGGCUCUGGAUUUACACACGGGCAACUGUAGAUACAGACAAACAACUGAUUACCUGCACAAACCUCGUGAUCAGUGAAACAGAAGCUGUGUAUCUCAGACAGAAACUCUACAGCAGUGUGUGUCUGACACUCGAGCGCUCACCGAAGAGACACAGAGAGAGCGACAGGUCAAGGAGGAAGAGCCCGAGAGUCUCCGAGAACAUUGAUCAAUACAGCAGCUCAUCUGUCGCUAUUGAAGACCAGCCCGCAUUCUUCUCCACCCCCCCGUACAGCCCCACUUCCUCUCACUCUUCUGAAGGAUCCGGUCCGUUUGUGCAGCUCAUAUGUGACGGGAGUUCCGCUUCUGAAUCGGAUAAUUACUUCUCGGCGAGUUCUCCCGCGAGUUCUCAUGAUGAGGCGUUCCCUUUUGGUGCGUUGAGUUUGACAUCUCACUUGUACUGUGACUCGUCCAGUCACCUACCCGUCUGUGUGACUGACACCCAUCUGGUGCCCGUGUAUCAGCCCGAUGGCAUUCUCCAUACGGAGGAGUUCAGUUUGUUUCCUUUGACCCAAACUCACAGGCGCUCCAGCGCUCACUCAGAACCGCAGGAUCUCACCCCAGAGCCAUCGCCCAGCAUCGAGAGACACUUCCUCUACAGCCCGACGGAACAGCAUGAAAUCAGCAUCCUCGCCCGUCAGAUCCGCUCACUCGCCAGCAGCUUCGACGUGUAUGGUGCACUGGAGUCACUUCCUGCUAACGUCCCCCUCUGCUGGCCGCCGGCGACCUCAUACCUGCCCAGACCCGAGCCGCUGCUGGAUGAGAGAGUCAUAGAGAGCAUUCUGCGAGAUCUCAAUGUGAUCUCAGUGAAACAGACUGACUGUGUUUGGAAUGAGCUGCAGGGAGUCCUGGCGGGCACAGGUGCCCAGCUUCAGACUCUCGCUGCGGGACCCCUGGAGUCGUUCUCAUCAGAGAUGGGCAUCAGCACACACGACUGCUGUGAAGAUUUCUCUGAGUUGCAUCAACUCAAUCACUGUCUGUAUGACGCCGUCAACCAAGAUGGACUUACUGAAGAAUCCAUGUUCUAAAGGAAGUCUGUGACUUACAGAAUGAACCCCAGUAUGGCAUAUUGCCAUGGCAGCCAGUGGCUAGACUGCAUGGAAAACUCUUAACAUCAGCAAUAGUACAUAUUACUGUCUCGGUGAAGUUACAACACCUCUUUAAUACUCAGUGAAUUUGCUGAAUUAUUAACCAUGUCAACACACUCUUUUUUUUUAUACAUGCACAGCUGAAUAUUUCCAUCCAUGUGUUGAUUGUGGCACAGUUGCAUGAAUUUCAGUUAUUAUACACCAUGUAAAAAUAAGCUACUAUGCACUUACUCUGUGCUCCGCUGAAGACGUAAAGCCACAUAUAAAGUUUGUUGUUACUGAAAACUAUGAAAAAUUGGUGAAAAUAUUACCUUAAAUAAAAAUGAAGUAAAACAAGCUACCUCGUCACAUAAAGGUUACGGAUUCUUUCAUACACUUUUUUGUAGAACGUUUUGUUGUAAAUUUAUUUUCAGUAGUUUAUUUUAAUUGAUUAAUUGUACAUGAUUUAAGCAGAGAGACAUUUUGCUCUACAUAUGAGUGUUGUACCAAUGUUUCUGUGGCAGUGACAUGAAGAAUCGGCCUUCUAUUUGUUCCACGUCAGAGGUCUCUAAUGUUUAGAGUCAACAUGUAAAUCAAAAGGUUUAUUUAUAUAUUUUUGCUGGUUUAAUUUUUGUAAUGUACAGUAAAUAAAGUUGUUAA